AUGGAGGGGCGGGGUGCUUCCAAGUCGUCCAAACGUUUCCAAGUGACAACAGAGUCGUCAAGCCCUCGGAAUGCGGAAAAUGGACAGCUUGAGGGUGAUCGCAAUGUCCACAGAAAGAGCUCAGCUGGGGGGCUUCUCCGUAGCCUUUCGUUCUUGAAGUCGAGGGACUCGGUGGUGAGGUCGCAAAAGAAGGACUUUGGGGAGCUCGGGCAGUCGGAGGAUAUGGACAUUACACGCAGCGGGGCCUCCGUUGUAACUGCCCUUCGCCAGAGCCAAGGCAGACAGCGUAAAGGGUCGUUGAGACAGGCAGCCAUGGCCAAGAUGCGAGAGCGAAGUGGCUCGUUACGGAAAGAGCGAACGACGCCCAUCAUCACCACUACAACAAGUGCAGACUCGCCCCAGGACAAGGCCAUCUCUCGUCCGGGCGAUCACGCCAACAAGCCCAUCAACUUACCGGUAUUCCCGGACGCCGGACAUCGUUCGCUCGGGAAGGAUUUCGGGGCCAUGCGUGCAACCAGUCACCAAGCAUCGCGGUUGCUUGAAUCACCUAUACCCAGCUCGGCCGAACUGUAUGCAUCAACUACUGACGAAGAUGACCACAUGUCUUUCUAUCGCCCUGCUGCCUCGAGCAGUGCAUCUUCCUUCAAUGUCUCGAACCAAGGGCCGGCCAUAUCACUUGCACGGCGCCGUUCGAAUCGCGUUGAGCAACGUACACUAGCCUCGGCCGUGCCCACGACACCCGAAAUGGACGUGGACGAAGAGUGGGAUUACAGCGAGACGGAAUGGUGGGGAUGGGUUGUGCUUAUAGCAACAUGGGUUGUGUUCGUCGUCGGCAUGGGUUCUUGUCUGGGCGUGUGGAGCUGGGCGUGGGAUGUUGGCGAGACACCAUCUGCUCCGCCUGAUCUGGAAGAUGAUGACACUUUGCCCAUAACGGGAUACUAUCCUGCCUUGAUGGUCUGUACAGCAGUCAUGGCCUGGGUCUGGGUUGUCGUUGCCUGGGUCUCGCAUGAAAUCUGCAUGAACCUGACAAUCGUUCCCUCGGCGCUCGGUCCACUUGACGUUUCAGUUCCCAUCCGCAUUGCGGACAAGAGAGGAUACUCGAUCCAAGUGUGA